AGAGAGAGAGAGAGAGAGAGACAGACAGACAAGCAGGUAGACAGGUAGACAGAUUACUUCAUAAGUUUACAACUUUGUUGUCUUGUUCAUUGAAAGAUUUUUUCCUUUUAGUCGUUUUUUAAAGUUUACCAGUGUGUCGUGAGUACCAACGCUAGAUAUGUAUAUUAGGGAAUGUGUCCAUAUACAGGAUAAGAUCCAAUACGAAGAAAAGUUUAGGGCAUGUCAUAAAAGUGUAUUAGAGUACGUCAUGGGUGUGCGAGUGUGCGUUUAUUGUAUGCGUGAGCAAGGUCUAUAAAGUACUUAUGUAGACCUUGUGCGUGAGUAUUCUGCGUGUCGCGAAGUGGGUAUCGUCCAGCAAAACAGCCUGCAAAUUAUCAAAAAGACAAGUGUAAGCCGUAGGAGUAUAUCAAGAAUGCGAGCAUGUAUUAGAGUGGCGUGAAAGUGUAUCAGAGUAUGUCGUGACUGUGUUCCAACUUUGCAUAUGUAUGAGUGUCUGAGAAUGUGCUAUUUUAUGCAAUACAAUCUAAAAUCUUAUAGAACAAACGAGAAAUAUAUGUCAUAAGAGUGUAUAGAGUGCGUCGUGGGUGUGACAGUGUGUGUUAGGGUAUGCGUGACUGUUCAGCGUGUCGACUGCUAGUGGGUAUCGUUCAGCAAAACAGUCAGAAAGUCUACAGAUUAUCAAAAAAAGUAUAUCAAGAAUGUGAUAGUGAUGGAGUGUGGCGUUAGAGUGUAUCAGAGUGUGUCGUGAGGGUGUUCCAACUUCGCUUAUGUAUGAGUGUCAGGGAAUGUGUUUUUUUAUGCAAUACAAUCUAAAAUCCUAUAAAACAAACGAGAAAUAUAUGUCAUAAGAGUGUACAGAGUGCGUCGUGGGUGUGACAGUGUUAGUGUAUGCGUGACUGCUCAGCGUGUCGAGUGCGAGUGGGUAUCGUCCAGCAAAACAGUCAGACAGUCUACAUAUUAUCAAAAUAAAGAGUGUAUCAAGAAUGUGAAAGUGCUAGAGUGUGGCGUUGAGUGUUUAAGAGUGUGUCGUGAGUAUGAGAGUGUGUGCGUGAGUGACCGUGAGCGCCGAGUGUGUGAUCCCUGAGAGAGAAACAGGAUGCAGGCAGUGACGCACGAAAGACAGAAUCAACCCGGAUUUCCUUCAAAAUAUUUUCGUUGCUGAAAAAAAUUCCUGUGAAAAAGAGCACGGAAAAGAAGAUGGCUUCCUCUACCUCUCGGUCUGAAGUUGAUGAGGACAGAUAUUUUUUUCAUAAAAUCACCAGUGAAGAAGCAAAUGAGAUCCUUGCAAGAGAAGGAGGUGAAGAAGGGACAUUCCUGGUACGAGAAAGUUGUUCAUCUCCUGGAAAUUAUGUUCUGUCGUUCAUCACAGAGGGGCAGCCUAUUCACAUUCUAAUUCAAAAAUACAGAGAAGAUGCAUUCUUCUCUUUAGUCAUUGAUGAAGAAACACAAGUAUUUCAUGGAUUAGAUAGUUUGGUGAACCAUUACUGCCAGAACCCUGUAGGCCACUCAAGCACAGUACUAACACAUCCUUGUUGCGGUGAAUUGCUGCCUUCCGAAGUCCGACUUCAUGGCUCCUCCAGUCUCCUUCACAGAUCCACAAGCCAAGGGAAUGUAACAAUAGUAGCAGAAUUACUAAAAUCAGGCUACAAGAAAAUUGAUGACAAGAACAACUAUGGACAGACAUCACUUCACAUAGCAUGUAUGAAAGGAUUUGAAGAGAUAACAAGAUUGCUUCUCCAAGUUCCAGCUAAUGUUGAGGUCCGGGAUGAAGAUGGCUUAACCCCUCUACAUCUUGCUUCUAGAUACAAUAGACCUGGCAUAGUGCGACUCCUUGUAGAGAUGGGCCAGGCAGAGAUCCAAGCUAGAACCACAAAGACAGAGGCGGUAGCUCUUCACGAAGCUGCAGCAAAUGGCAGUAUUGAGUGCGUUAAAGAACUUCUAGCUCUGGGUGCACCGUCUUGCCCAAGAAAUGUGCGUAUGGAAACCCCUCUUGACCUGGCCAAGCAGAAUGGCCACGUUGAAAUUUUUAGACUUUUGGUAAAUCAUCGGCCUUCACCACCACUGCAUUCUUUAAGGGAUUGCUAUCAUGGACAAAUUGACCGUCAUGUUGCCCAAGAACGACUAACCAACAUAUCAAAACCAGGGCACUUCCUCCUGCGACAGAGUACAAGGAAACUGGGGACUUAUGUUCUGACGUUGUUCUACCAAGAGCAAGUGUAUAACUAUGAAGUUUCACAGGAGGGUGAAUUAGUGUUCAUUGAUGACGGCCCAUACUUUACAUCACUGGAGAGCAUGAUCAACCAUUACUCACGUUUCAUGGAUGGUCUUCCAUGCCGACUUCUCACUCCAGUGCCUCCUCCACAGCCACUCCCUGAGCAUGAAAUUCCAAUCCAAGGUCCUCCUGUUAGUCACAAUAAUAAAUUAGGCACUCCUUUGACACAUAGCCAAGAAUCCUUUGACAUGUGCAAGACUCCAUCUCCCAGUGGGUCACUUGCCAGAGUGUCUCCCUUGCUAGAAUUUAGGCCUCAUUUGAGAAGCAGAAGUCCAUUUUUUAAGUUUCCUCCUCAGAAUGGCAGUGAUAGUGGAGCUGGGUCCACUGAGCAACAAUCAUUGUUGGCUGCAGUAAGCCAAGAUGAUUUAAGGCCAUCAGGCCCAGAGGUACUGGGUAGAACACAGGUACCAAAACCUAACAUCAUUAUAACUGAUCCCUUAUCGCAGGCAUCACAAAAUGCAACCGAGGAUUUAAUUGAUCUUCACACUCCAUUGGAAUAUGGCAAAAUUCAAAAAGUUACUCGCCAACCACCUCAUGCACCACAGCGUGUUUCACGAGAGAAUCUAAAAUUAGAUUUAAAGAACUUAAGUAUCAAUAGUCAUGGAGAAGGACCAGCCAUGAGUGGUAGCAGCCCAACGAUGGAUGGUAACCGUACUAAUGAAAUAUUUGGAGAUAUCGACAUUAAUCGCCUCAGUAUUGGACGACGUCUGGGUGAUGGUGAAUUUGGUUCGGUUUUGAAAGGUGUCUGGCACAGUUCGUCAGGUGACCAGAUUGAUGUUGCUGUAAAAAUCCUCCACGAUGAUGACAAAGUUAACAAAAAAAACUUCCUCAAGGAAGCUGAAGUAAUGAUGAACUUGAAUCAUCUUUAUAUUGUCAAGUUCAUAGGAGUUUGCCAUGGCCCUCCUGUUGCUAUGGUCCAAGAACUAAUGGCAAUGGGUUCUCUUCUUGACUUCCUGCUGGAACAUCCAGAGCAAGUAUCCAUUGAUUUCCAUCUCAAACUUUGGGCUGCACAGGUUGCAGAAGGAAUGCUGUACUUGGAACAGAAGCAUUUUGUUCACCGCGAUCUAGCUGCACGUAAUAUCUUGUUGUCAUCAAUGACCUUAGCUAAAAUUAGUGACUUUGGAUUGUCCCGAGCACUUGCCGUUGAUGAAGAAUACUAUACAGCAAGUGAGGGAGGAAGAUGGCCCCUAAAAUGGUAUGCACCAGAAUCUAUCAACUAUGGAACUUUCACACAUAGCAGUGAUGUUUGGAGUUAUGGUAUAACGCUCUGGGAAAUGUAUACAUUUGGUAAUCAGCCUUACGGAGAACUUCCAGGUCAUAAAAUACUGGAAUUAAUUGAAAAGAAUGAGAGACUUCCUCGACCAGAAAGGUGUCCAAAGGGAGUCUUCGAACUGAUGCUCAGAUGUUGGAAUUACAAAGCGAAGUGUAGGCCGUCAUUCAGAGAAUUAGCAACCAUUUUUAGAACCAAACCAGAAUAUAUCAAUAUUAAGCACUAUUUCAAGUAGUAUAUUGUAAGUUGUGAAAGGGAAUAUGUGCAAAUGAAAACAUCAGUGAAUUUCAUAUGCUUAGUACUUAUGAUAGAGUCACCUUAGGAAUUUCAAUGUCAACAGUAUUAUUGGUUAGUAUAUUAUGAUAGCGUCUAUUGUUGGAGUAUUCUUAGGGAUACUCAAAUAUUUUAUUAGGAAGUGUGAUUUUCUAAUUUACAGUGUCAGACAGUAUUAGAUGAUUAUUUGUUAGUGAUAAUCAAAGUUCCAAUACAUUUUUUAAAAGUAUAUCUGCCAAAGAUAUACAAGGUAAAUAAUUUUUACUGUUGUUAUAUAGAAAGCAGUUUCAUGACAAAUGGUGUUCCUUCAAUAACAUUGUUAAUCUACAAUGAACAUGUAUGGGUAAUUGCAUAUCUCCUCACUCUAACCCCCUCAUCCACUCGUACAACCUUUCCUUCUCCUUCCUCUCUCUCUCUCUCUCUCUCUCUCUCUCU